AUGGCGUCGGCGACAGCAGCAGCCACAGUUGUGGAAGAAGAUGAGUAUCGCGCGGCGGAAACCAUCACCGACGCGUUUUUGGAUUGCGCCCGAUAUAACGAUGGUGAUGACGCGAAGCAACUGUUCGCGUACCUCGCCACCACACCUUCGCUCAUUGAUGCAAGGGAUGAGCAGGGUCGCACUGCGGUUCAUCUCGCGGCUGCGAAUGGCCACAUAGGGAUUUUGGAGAUGCUCAUGGAGUUCGGUCCCUCGCCGGACGUGCCGAAUCACGAGGGUAAUACGGCCCUCCAUUUUGCCGCUCUUAACAACCAACUCGAGGCUGCACGACGGCUGUUGAAGUGGGGGUGGCAUGCGUCCACAAGGAAUUUGUUUGAUAAAACGCCUAUCCAACUGAUCUACGGAAAGAACUUUGAGGCUAUGGAAACCCUGCUGCUUGAGCACGACCACGAAAUAGAAUGCCACACGCGAGGUACAGUGAGUCUUGGGGAGGACGAAAAUAAUUUUCCACCGAGAGCGGUGACGGUUUGUGUGGGUGACACUUUGCUUCAGAGCAUCCCCGCUCCCCGGGAUCACGGUGAGCAACUCACUUCUGAGGAAUCUUCGUUUCCCGCAGACAUCAACAACUCCCCACCGACGCGGCAUCAUGAUCCUGCGAGGCUUUUGGGCUCUGCUGAUGUUGAUGGGGUCGAAUAA